UGGUUGGUAUAUCAUCUGACAAGCUUGUGGAGGCUCAUGGGACAUUUUCAUCAGCAUCUUGUACUUGUUGUCGUAAAACCUAUAAUGGAGAUGACAUAAAGAAAAUUAUCUUAAAAGGGGACAUUCCAAGAUGCCAGUCAUCUAAGUGUAAUGGUGUCAUCAAGCCUGAUAUUGUAUUUUUUGGUGAAGACCUACCAAAGAGGUUUUACUCUUUUGAGGAUGAYUUCCCYAAGUGCGACUUGCUGAUUGUGAUGGGAACUUCACUAGAGGUAGAGCCUUUUGCUGGGAUUGUGAGCGAAGUCAGUCGUUCGACACCUCGACUUCUUAUAAACCGUGAAGCAGUAGGUCCAUUUGCCAGUCCUUGGAGAGGCAGGCGCAAUGAUGUCACACUUAAGGGUGAUGUUGUGUCAGGCAUAAAGCGUUUGGUAAAGUUACUGGAAUGGAACGAGGAAAUGAUUCAAAUURUUACASAAGGGAAUGAAAACUGGAAGAAUAAGAAGGAAKUGGAAAUGAAAGAAAGGGAAGAGGAAACAUCUAAGAAGAAUGAAAAACCACCUCACAAACCAAGUGGRAGCACAAAAACUCGUAGUUUUCACACAAUGGCUGGGAAAUCUACUCAGAAUUCAGCAAGACAAAAUUCUUUUCUYMCACAYACUUUAUCRCAAUCAAAAAGAAAAAGUGACUCAGAAACACUUUCAAAUGCAAACCAAAGUAAUAAAACAGUUUCUGGAAAUGGUACUUCCCUUACUGGAAAUUCAUCAUUUCCUGGAAAUAGUUCCUCCCUUCCUGGACAUCAUGGUCCUCGUAUUGCCUCAACCAAACAGACWUUAUUCGCUUGUAAUUCAGUUGCAAGAAGAGCACCAUUGUURCCAUUCAGAUACACUCAUCGGCCAGCCRUUGAAACACAAGGAAACUUUAGAACUAUCAACCCAAAAAGUGACUUGGCAAGUGCAGGAUUUGGCCAYCGUGGGAUUAAGAACUCUAAGGGAACAAAUUUUUAUGUGGAAAGUUCAUCUGAUAGUAGUGAGUCUAGUAGUAGUGAUAGCGAUUCUGAAGGAUAACAUCUCGAAGGUGGAAACUCUGGAAAUGAUUAUUGCCCACUAGAUAUCUAUUAAACCUAAACCAUCCGAAUAGAAGAAAGUAAGAGGUACAGAGUUUACUAUCCAAGAAGACGCAAUUAGUUUGUAUAGUUUAUAAGGAAAUGGUAAGGAGUUAUCAAGAUAAGGGAAGCAAAGUCUGCAAAUGGAAAGUAUUGAAAAUUAUGAGAAGAAAUUUCCAUUAGAAUGUGUACAAAGUUGAUAUAAUAGAGACAUGAAAGCAAACAAGAACAAAGUUGAGUUCGAUGGCAAAGUUUAUGAAUUCGUCAAAAUUUGUCAUUUCCCUUCUCCAAAUGACUGGCAGCUUUUGAUACAACAUCAGAGAAAAUCUACAUUAUUACCAGUUAAACAGUGUAGAAAACACCUUAAAAUACCUGAUCAAAUUAUGAAUUCUCAAACUUUGCUUUUUGCCAGGAGAAUAUGUAUUUUAGACCAACCAAGUAUUUUAGGCAAAUGUUGGUUGGUUAGUAGUUUAGUAAGAACUAUGAAGAAGCCCAGCGCCAAUAAAACAAAUAAAAGCGUUAA